AUGUCUGAAUUGCCUGUUUAUAACACAAAUUCAGAGGCUCGAAGAAGACAUCAUAACAAUUACGAAACUAAGACAAAUACUCAAACAACAGAACAAAACAAUCUUUCAGAAGGAAGUGGAGGAGACUUAAAUUAUUAUUCUUUUCAACAAUUCGGAAAUUUUUCUUCAUUAAUUACUCCAGCUUCUAAUAUUUGGAACGCGGCUCAGGAUAUUUCAAAUUUGCCUAUCGAUAUGCCAUUCCAUGAUCGAACAGUUGAAUUUAGAACGGUGGCAAAGUCUUGUCAGUUUCGACAUCAACCUAAUGGGAAUAUUUUGGAAGCUAAAGGAGAACGCGAGAAAAUGCUCCAAUCUUCUAUACAUUUUAAUCAAUUGGCCAAGAGGAUUGGCAGGGACUUGAGCAUGACUUGUGCAAAAAUGGAGAAGUUAUCUCAACUAGCCAAAAAUAAAUCACUUUUUGAUGAUCGGGCAAGUGAAAUUGAAGAGCUUUCACAGACUAUAAAACAAGAUAUAACUGGUUUAAAUAAACAAAUUGCUAAUUUACAACAAGUUGCACUUCAGCGAUCCGGGGCUAAAAAUAAUUCAUCAAAAAAUGAACAGCAGGGCCAGAACCAUUCGAAACUUGUUGUUGUUGGUUUACAAUCAAAGCUUGCUUCUAUUAGUAAAACUUUUAAAAAUGUUUUGGAAAUUAGAACAGAGAAUUUAAAAUUAAAAAGAGCCAGACGCGAAAAAUUCAGUCAAUCGGCAGCAAUUCCUUCAAAUUUACCUCCAUCUGCAAGCAAUGGAAAUAUGGGCUCUCUUCUUCUUUACGAUGAUAUGGCAGCUUCAAGUGGGAGUUCUUCUUUUACAUUGGAUAUGGAUCGAUUGGAACAACAUCGAAUUCAAGACCAAGUUUUUUUCCUAAAAAUAUUUUUUAAUUUAUUGAAACCAAAGGUUGCACUUAUUGAUGAGACUGAUACCUAUCAUCGUUCUCGUUAUAGUGCAAUGGAGGGUAUAGAAAGUAGUAUUGCUGAAUUGGGCACAAUAUUUCGACAAUUAGCUUCUCUCGUCUCUGAACAAGGCGAAAUGAUUACUCGAAUUGACUCUAAUGUUGAAGAUACUGCUCUAAAUGUUGAAGCUGCCCAUUAUGAAUUGCUCAAAUAUUUCAAUAAUAUUUCCCGUAACCGAUGGCUUAUUUUAAAAGUUUUCGGUGUUUUGAUGGCAUUUUUUAUUUUCUUUGUGAUUUUCAUGACAUAAUACAUUUAAGGGUUCAGUUUAAUAUUAAGUGAGUAUUGACUCUUCUGGGGGGCUUUUCUCUCUAUUAUAAAUACAUACAUCUUUGAAAUUCUAUUCUCUCUUGUCUGAAUAUAGAGCGAAACAUUGUAUAAUAAUAAUUAUAUAUCCUUUAUUUUUCGAGUUUUUUAAAUCUUUAACUGGGUGUCGACAGAUUUUGACUAGAUUGUUUCCUUUUUCUUGCUAUUAUUUUUUGCCCAGAUACCUCAAAUCCUCUAAAUUCCAUUUCUAAAAACAUUAGGUAUCUGUCGUCACCUUUAUAUAGUAUAUAUUACUUACACAUGAGGGAAUGG